GGUGUGUGUGUGUGUGGAGGUGAUGUGUGUGUGUGGAGAUGAUGUGUGUGUGGAGGUGAUGUGUAUAUGUGUGGAGGUGAUGUGUGAUAACUGGGAAAACACAAGAACAAAUUAGGCUAACUGUUGUCAAUCCAAGGCAGCUAUUGGAGGAUGUGGUAUUUUGAGGAGGUGGUAUGGCAGAAGAAAAAAACGUUCCAGCUUAAAGGGCAGAAUGAACAUAUAAUGAUAAAGACAUUAAAUGAGAAAAACGGAAUAUAGCAUUACAAAAUACAGGCAGUGAGGGAACAGGGGUCAUGGCUCAUGGGAGAGUCCUGUCUGUCUUCUUAGAUCUUGAUCUCAGUGCGGAAGGUCUGUGUGAGCUCAUGCUUGGAUGGGUUUCUACGGGCCUUGACUGUUAGCGUUCCCUCGGUGCCCAAUGAUGAUGUCACAGAGGUGGGGUCCACAUCCUCAGGUAGCUGGCACUUGUGGGUGAAAGUGUUCAUCACUGUGCCAUCUGCUGCCAACUGUUGAAGUGAAGAUAGACAUGAGAAAAUGACCAAGAUAUUUUUUCAUAUCUCAAAUAUUUCUCAAAUAUUUUAGAAACAAAAUUCUCAAAAUCACAGAGAAUUUAAUUGUUACUAAAAAGAGAUAUGCCCACCUUUUCUGCAUGUACUUCGAUCUGGUUGUUGGAGGUGGUGACAAUGACGUCCUCUGGAGAGAAGUCUUGGACAUCCACUGUGAACUGGUAGCUGUCUCCCAUUGUCUUGAUCUUCCCUGCUGUCCCUGUCCGACCUGGAAACACAACCAAGACAUAUGACUUUCUUGUGAGGGUCAGAUGUGUCAUGGGUUCCCUGAUGGGUAUGGAGUGGUACUGUUUCGCUGCUCUCGGGAUUCUGACCGCCUUCCUUAGUUUUCUCAUGGACCUGAGUGUGGCAAAGCUGCUUCGAGCUCACCAGUGGUUGUAUAGUCAGUUGGAGGGCCACUGUCUCCUGCAGUUCCUGUGCUGGACCCUGUACCCAGUCUCACUCUCUGCUCUAUCCACAUCUUUCUCUCAAAGCAUCUGUCCAUUCUCAGCAGGUUCUGGGGUUCCAGAGGUGAGGACCAUUCUGUCUGGUGUGGACAUGCCACAUUACCUGUCCCUCACCAACCUAUUUGCCAAAUACGUGGGUCUCAUCUGCACACUGGCAGCCGGCAGCACUGUUUUCCUGGGAAAAGUGGGUCCAUUUGUGCAUCUCUCCACCAUGGUGGGAGCCUAUCUGAACCAACUCUGCACUGUUCUCCGUGGUGAGAAGGAGGAGAGAACUGAAGGAGCGAUGCUGGUCGUGGCUGCUGCUGUUGGAGUAGCCAGCUGCUUCGGGGCCCCUAUCAGUGGUGUGUUGUUUAGUGUGGAGGUGAUGAGCACUCACUUCGCCCUAAAAGAUUACUGCCCGUGCUUCUUUGCGGCGGCCUGCGGAGCGCUCACCUUCCAUCUGCUCUCCAUGUGGAGCGGCGAGCAAGAGACUCUUCAGGCCUUGUUUCAAACCAGCUUCUCAGAAGACCUGCCGUUCUACCCAGUGGAGAUUCUGGUCUUUGCAAUAUUGGGGCUUCUGUGCGGAGCAGGUAGCUGUGUCUACCUAUUCUGUCACCGAUGGAUACUGCUGUUCAUAAAGACAAACAAAAUCCUAAUCAAAGUCUUGUCGACUGAGAAGGCCCUAUACUCCGCUAUGGUGGUGUUCCUUCUGGCAUCUGUGACUUUCCCUCUUUCUGCUGGUCAAUAUAUGGCUUCCAAGCUCACCAUUAAGCAGCUCCUCUCUUCCCUCCUGGACAGCAGGCAGUGGACCUCUCAAUCCCACAAUGCCUCUGUGGUUUUGCAGCCAAACUUGUGUCCCUGGUCAGAGUGGAUUCCUUCAGGGAAUCCAUACCUCACUCUGGGAUUCUUCCUAUUCAUGAAGCUGUGGAUGUUGGUGUUGGCUUGCACCUUACCCCUACCAGCCGGAUACUUUAUGCCUGUCUUUAUCUAUGGUGCUGCUAUAGGACGUUUAUUCGGGGAAGGAUUGGCAUUUGUGUCCCUAAAUGGUGUCUAUUUAGACCAGGACAGGAAUCCAAUCAACCCUGGAGGCUAUGCACUGGCUGGUGCAGCAGCAUUCUCAGGAGCGGUCACACACACGCUGUCCCCUGCUCUCCUGGCUCUGGAGCUGACCGGCCAGUCCACUCACGCCGCACCCAUUCUCCUCGCCACACUGGUGGCCAAUGCCCUGGCACGCUCUGGGCAGCGGCCAUCCUUCUACGAUGCCCUCUCCAUCAGCAAGAAGCUCCCGCACUUACCCUCCCUGCUCAAGGUCUGCCCAAAGCUCUCCUCUGUCCAAAUAGGGAAGGUCCUGGGUCCUGGAGGUCCAGUGCUUGAGAGGACAGCUGGGCCAACGGAGGUUCAGCAGGUUCUCAACACCUGCAGCCAGACACAAAUCCCUGUGGUUGACACACUGGACUCACGGAUUCUGCUGGGAUCAAUUAACAGAUCGGACCUGCAGACAUUUCUAUGCCACAACCACAAUAAGGUAUUGAAGAAACAGUUGGUGGAUAUGUGUUAUAUUCGGCCUGUUUCUGUCCAGCUCUCUCCUGAUACCACUGUCCAGGAGGCUCAUGGCGUCCUCAGUGUGCUGUGUGGCGAGAGCUUGUUUGUGACUGAGAGGGGGAGGCUAUCUGGUGUUGUCACAUGGCCAGAGAUGAAGAGAAUGAUGGCAGAUUUGGCUGAUGACCUCUAAGCUAUUAUUUACUCCCAACAAGGACCUAUCCCUAACUACGCCAAAUAAUAUUGAUUCUCAUAAUGCUAAUAAUGAUACUUUGUCUUAAUUUUGUAAUGAUAAGCUUUUUGCUAAUCACCAAUGUUAUGUUCUGCUGGAGGAGAUGUAACUCCCUUGCGGUUUUGGACUAUCUUGUUUACUGACCCAGAGAUAUCUCUAAGGACACUGUGAUAUUCAAAGUAAUUACACAUCGUGCUCAAGAACAUCCCUUAGCCUUAGUGUGUUUUUUAUCAGGAUAUUGCAUGUGCUCUUGUGCCUUAUUGUGAGUUAAAGCAACUUCAACCAAUAGUGGAUUCUGUGAUGCCGCAAACAACUUCUCUUCUGCUUCAGGCCAUUAUUUACUUAUCUGUUGCUCCCAGCAAUUUUCUCCCUUCAGUCCUUUUUCACUUUGAGCAGAAGGACCCAUUGUUGUUGUACAGGUCUGAUUUAGGGCUAGAUUCUAUGAGAUCCACGGUAGCCGACACACACAUAGUGGUUGUUUUGGCGGUGUCGCAGGUGAAACUGUUAGAGCUAUCACAUCCACAAGCGGCUUCCGGCAUUAUACCUAAAGUGGACAUUGCCAUUGGCUAAAUGGAGUCGCAUUAAGAGAAAUCCCAUGCAGCCUUGUUUACCUGUUCGAACACUGGAAUGUGAGAUGUAAUCUACACCUCAAUUAGGCUGAUAGGAAUCCUUAUUAUUUUGUUGAAUGAUUUUCAAUUUGAUAUAUAGCCUACACUUUCUCAUUCUGAACUUCUAACGCGAGUGGGACGGGUCUGGCUUAGUGACAAUGACCCCACAAGCAGCUGCUCAGCGAUUUGACAGCUCUAACACAGUUACACCUCUGCCAUCUCCGCAAUUGGACUUUGUAGGGCUGCAACAGGGGAACAAAAGCACAGACCCAAUGUGUACUACAGCAUUG